AUGAUCUUACUCAGUUCAACAUCAUUGAUUUUGUUGGUGUUUUGUUCAUUUUCCUAUUUCGUCGUGAUUAACGGUAGAAUCGCGAUAACAAUUGAUUCUUCAAGUUCAGAAGAAGAACAUAAACCAAAACAUAAGGAACCAUGUUGUACUGAUCGAAUGAAGAAUCGAGAUGAAUCUGACAUUGAUUGUGGAGGUUUCAAUUGUCCUAAAUGUCAAGAUAUGAAGAAAUGUACUUCUCCUAACGACUGUCUCAGUGAUGUUUGUAUCAACAAUACAUGUAUUCCAUCACCUUCAUGUUUGGAUCGAAUUCGGAAUCAAGAUGAAUCUGACAUUGAUUGUGGAGGUCUCAAUUGCCCUAAAUGUCAAAAUAUGAAGAGCUGUACUUCUUCUAACGACUGUCUCAGUAAUGUUUGUAUUAACAGUACAUGUAUUCCAUUACCUUCGUGUCAAGAUCAAAUAAAGAACCAAGAUGAGACCGAUAUCGAUUGCGGCGGUCGCAGUUGUCAGAAAUGUCAGGAUACGAAGACUUGUAAUGUUGCAUGUGAUUGUCUCAGCGAUGUUUGUAUUAAAAACAAAUGCAUUCCAUCGCCUUCGUGUCAAGAUCAAAUAAAGAACCAAGAUGAGGCUGAUGUCGAUUGCGGUGGUUCGAUUUGCCCGAAAUGCAACAAUGGUAAAGCUUGCAAUACUAGCGAGGACUGUUUAAGUGAUCAAUGCCGAGUUCAGUUCUGUCAAACAUGUUCCUUGGUUAGUUUCCAGAAUGGUGAUUUUGAAUCUGGAACUAUUUCUGGUUGGACUCUUGGUGGUGGUUUACGAACAUCAAUCUCUUCAUCGGAAAUUUUGCCCAAAUACUUCUUACCAGGUGGACAAUUUUAUAAUUAUACCAUAGCAAUGACACAUUCAUCAAUUGUUACUAAUGGAAGUGAUCCACUUCUUGGUGAUUUAAUGCCAGGUAUUGUCGAAGGAGGUCAAUAUUCGUUUCGUGUCGAAGAUUUAGAAAAAGGAGGUUAUGCAUCGGUGAUUAGUCGAAAGAUCAAUAAUUAUUUUUGUUUGGACAUUUAUUUUUCAUGGUUGGCUGUUUUACAAAAUGGAAAUCAUUCUUCCAAUCAAUCCAGUUUAGUUAUUGUUCAAUUGGAUGAUUUCACUACAGGUGAAAGUUUAAUUUUGCGUCGUUAUGACGCUGGAGCAACAGGAAGUGGUGUUGAUAAUCGUUUUCAAGCAAAAGAUGAUUAUUUUUAUACACCUGCCUGGCAAUCGGAACACUUAGCCAUCGAUAAUACCCGUUUUGGUCAUAAUUUUACAUUAACAGUUCUCGCAGCAGAUUGUGAACCAACUGGUCAUGUUGGUUAUCUUUAUCUCGACAGUUUUAGUGGUCUUUCACCAUAA